AUGACGGGUCAAUUAACUCAAGAAGAAAUGGACCGAGUCACGGAACUCACCAGGAAAAUGAUUUCGUGGAAAGGCCAGAACACAGUCAUGAGAGGUUUCUUACAGCUAUAUCAAACUAAACCUCCGGAAUUGCCUGUUCUAGAAGCGAGGGUGGCAAAAUACCUCCAAUUAUACGAGCAUUUUGAGACCCUGAUGGAUGAAUUGGAUGAGCUGGACCAAGCGGGAAAAUAUCACAAACUAGCAGAAAGAUUUGAAAUUGAAGCAACACAUUUUGAAGUGUUAACAGAAGCGGAGAGGGCAAAAAACCCUCGCCCAUCAGCAUCAGCAUCAACUAUUGAAGACCAAGAAACGAAUGCACGAACCGUUUCCAGUCUAUCUGUAUCAAGAUACAAAGUGAAAUUACCUGAAUCAAAGCUUCCUAUAUUCAAAGGUGAUGUAGGCAAAUACAUUUCAUGGAAAACAGAAUUUAAUUCCGUGAUUGGCAAUCGAGACGACAUCGAUCCUGCCGACAAACUCAGGUUCCUCAAAUCAGCAUUGGAAGGCGAGGCAUACAACAAAAUUCAAAUGCUAGACUUAAAUGAUGCUAAUUAUGAGCGAGCAUGGCAAGUACUCGACAAGGUAUAUUAUGAUGAACGAGUUAUCAUCUCUCGUCAUCUUCAUGCACUCUUAAGCCUGCCACGCCAGGACAAGGAGGAAGCCAGCGGACUUUCCAAUCUCGUCGAUAUAACACGGCAGCAUCUGGAAUCUCUGAAGUCAAUGGACGUAGACAUUGGAGAACCCAUCAUAGUAGCCUUACUUGAGCGGAGAAUCCAUAAAACCACGUUGGACGCGUGGGAUGAAAAGCAGGAACGAGACAAGUUCCCAAAGCUUGAUGACAUGUUGGAGUUCAUAUCCAGGAGAGCUUCCAGACUACUGACUCGUGCCAAAGACAAGCCAGUACAGAUGCAAACAAACACGAGUGCCAAACAAAACGCUCAAAAAUCAAAUACGCAGAAAAGGCUGCCACAAUCAACGCAUGCAUUUACGGCAGCCCCAAGCAAAGCCUGUCCAGCGUGUCAGGAAACACAACAUUUUUCCAUCUAUCGAUGCGAAAAAUUCAAGACAUUGCCAGUCACCGAACGAGUAAAAAUUGCUACUGAGGCAAAGGUAUGUCUAAACUGCUUAAAUCAUCAUGGGAAAAUUCCCUGUCGCUACGGGCCCUGCAAGCAUUGCCCCGAAUAUCAUAAUACAUUAUUACAUCGAGAUCAAAGCAAUUCACAAAAGACAACAGUCAUGACAGCAAGAACUCUAUCAAACCAGCUCAUGACUACUGCUAUCAUUCACGUGCUCGAUAAAUCACAGCGAGCCGUGAAAUGCCGUGUCUUGUUGGACACGGGAGCAUCAUCAAAUUUCAUGACGGAAAGAUUGACAAACAUUCUCAAUCUACACCGCAAACCAUACAAAAUUCCAAUUGAGACACUACACGAGCUCAAUACAUUCACGAAAGACGUGGUGACAGCCACCAUCAAAUCAACACAAUCUCAAUAUUCAAUGGAGUUGAGUUUCCUCACGGUGCCACGAAUUGCAAGUAACAUUCCCAUGGAAACAGUAUCACGUGAGUCACUCAACAUUCCAAAGAACAUUCGUCUGGCAGAUCCAGAAUUUCAUGUACCAGCACCAGUGGAUUUACUCAUCGGCACAGGGCCGACACUGGACCUUCUAAGCAUUGGGCAAAUCAAAUUGUCCUCACCAAACAGUCCACCACUAUCGCUGCAAAAGACACAGUUGGGAUGGAUUAUUGGUGGGACAAUGCCCACAGAGUCGAGCACCUCUGCACCAGCAAGAUGCCACUUUACAAAUGUCAGCCAGAAGAAAGAAGACAUCACCUUCGAUCUCCAACGAUUUUGGGAGAUUGAGGAAGGUCCCCAAGAAAAACAUUUAUCCAAGGAAGAACUUCAAACCGUGGAGCACUUCAAGCAGUCAUUCAGCAGAGAUAGUUCAGGGCGUUACACAGUCGCGCUCCCAUUCAACGGAAAAGAAAAACUGUUGGGUGAGUCCUAUUCAAUGGCAUUAAAAAGAUACCAUGGACUUGAACGUAAAUUCAAUCGCGAUCCAGAGCUUCAACAGCAAUAUUCUUCCAAUAUUCAAGAAUAUCUCCAACUUAAUUACUUGACCGAGGUCAAGGAUGCAUCAGAACCAGGUUUUUAUUUACCUCAUCACGCAGUAGUAAAAAAAGACAGUCUGAAAACAAAAGUACGCGUAGUUUACGAUGCAUCAGCUAAAUCAACUACCAACAUUUCCCUCAAUGAUUGUCUCAUGGUGGGACCAACAUUACAAGCAGACAUCUUCUGGUUAAUACUCCAAUUCCGUUGCCAGCCAUACGUAUUAACUGGUGACAUUGAAAAAAUGUAUUUACAAUUUUCAAUUAGACCAGAGGAUCGCAAAUACCAAAGGAUACUCUGGAGAAAAGCAAAUGGAGAGCUCGCGACGUUCCAACUCAACAACGUCACCUUCGGCCUGGCUUCAUCUCCAUUCCAAGCAGUACAAUGCUUGCAUCAAUUAGCAGACGAUGAAGCCCACCGAUAUCCAGAAGCAGCAGAAAUUUUAAAAACAAACGUAUACAUGGACGACUUACUCACAGGGUUUGAAACCAUUCAAGGAGGUAUUCAGACUCGUGAAGCAAUCACCAGUCUCCUGGAGGCAGGAGGCCUAACUAUUCGUCAUUGGGCCUCCAACAAUCCUCAACUUCUUCAGGGACUACCUCCAGAAGCCAUUCACCAGACACUCCAGCUAGAUGAGGGAUCUACUCUCAAGACUUUGGGAGUAUUCUGGGAUGCUCAAUCAGAUUCCAUCGUCUACACAGUCAAACCAGUUGUCCAGAAGAAGACAAUCACAAAGAGAUUCAUCAUGUCAGAAAUAGCCAAAAUCUACGAUCCACUUGGUUUGCUGGGACCAGUCAUCCUCUCAGCAAAAACCAUAAUUCAAAAAUUAUGGCAAGUCAAAAGCAGCUGGGAUGAAUCUGUUCCGGAGCACAUUCAGACAGAAUGGACAGAAUUCUGUUUACAACUCAACACACUUUUAUAUGAGAGUUUAGUAGUGCGAUUUCGCAGGGUGGCUGAUCCGUUGAUUGAAGGGUGUUGA